AUCGCUUGAGGAGGCCUCCGCCAAACCACCCAUCGACGAUAGCACCUCCGAGGUGCAACCCAAACAUCGCAAUUUGGCGCAGAAAAUUUAUGCUGAAAACCGUAAACGAGCGUCUACUGCCCAUGCCGUCCUCAAUUCGCUGUGCUCGCUAAGCGUUAUCGAUCAUCUGCUGCCGUUGUACAAUCAACCUUCGGAUGCGGAGUUGUGCCGCGAGAUACAGGAGCGUCACCGUUCGUUCAAACAUCGGCUAUUAGUGCACUUCCGUACAAUUAAAAGUGAACGCGCUAGCAAGCAGUCCGAGAUGACGGAAAGAUAUGCACAGUUGUCGCAGGAUUGGACAAAGCGCGUUGACAGAAUGGAGGCGAGUGCGAAGCGGAAGGCAAAGGAGGCCAAGAAUCGCGAGUUCUUCGAGAAAGUCUUCCCAGAGCUUCGAAAGCAGCGGGAAGAUAAAGAGCGAUUUAAUCGUGUAGGUUCUAGAAUUAAAUCAGAGGCAGACCUUGAAGAGAUCAUGGAUGGUCUUCAAGAGCAGGCCAUGGAGGAUAAGAAAAUGCGUUCAUAUGCUGUGAUUCCACCUUUAAUGUUAGACUCCAGACAAAGAAGGCUAGUGUUUAUUAAUGAAAAUGGAGCGCUGAUCGAUAUGGAAACGGAAUUCAAGGAGCGGUUAAACCUAAACGUAUGGACAUCGGGCGAAAAAGAAAUUUUUCGAGAAAAAUUUCUGCAGCAUUCUAAAAACUUCGGUAUGAUAGCUGCCAGCUUGGACAGGAAAAGUGCACAGGAAUGUGUACGACAUUACUACCUCAGUAAGAAGACGGAAAAUUACAAACAAUUGUUACGAAAAUCCCGGCAGCGAACGAGAAGCUCUAGAAACCCACAAAAAUCCAACCAGCAGCAAACACAAUCAAUUGUGGAUGCGAUGACUACUGGUGUUACGACAAGACUACAACGUGAACAACAACAAAAGACUGUAGGCCGUGAUCGAGCCGCGAAUUCAACAAAUAGUUCGAUAGGAAGUAAUACGACAUCCAAUGUUGUAAAUGCCGCGACAAAUCCAUCAACCAAUACCGUGCCUGCAAGCAGUUCCAACGACAGCAGCAGCACCAGUAUCAAUAUUAGUGAAAACAACAUUAACAAUAAUAGUAAUAGUAGUUGCAGUAGUAACAAUACGACCAACGAUUCAAGCGCAAUGUGUAGUGUCAACAGCAGCAGCAUCAAUGGCAAUGCACAUGCAUCUUCACUAUCGCCUAAUCAUUGCAAUAACAUAGAGGUCUCAGCCGCAACAUCCACGGUCAUACUAUCAAGCGCUAGCGCUAGCGAUGGUACGGGAAUGAUCAGUAACAGCAAAAGUAGCGCUUUUGUUGAUUCUACCGGAGAUCCAACAAAUACUAGUACGGAAGAAAAUGCUAGCAGUAAUAGUACUUCAGGCAAUGAAGGAAAGGUAGACAGUUCGGUAAAGAUCAUGGACAAUGAGUUGUCCAAGUCUGCCCUCCUCUCUCCGGAACCCGUAGAGGCAACAAAUGUCAGUGAUGUGUCUGUGUCUCUUCUUACAAACUCUGUUGAGACGGUGAUUUCCAAUGAAAAAGAAGGUGGUGCAUCAUCACCGAUUCUGUCGACUAUCCCCGUAGCUGUGUCCGGCUCCAACUGUGCAACAACAAAAUCUUCAGAAAUGUCAGAUUCUACGAAAAAACCUGUUGCGAAUGCAGAGGAUGACGGUGGAAGUCCUAGUGUCACAAUUACAAUGAUGACUGCUGCCGGCUUGCCGAUCAAUGGAGUGAAAACAGAGUUACUGUCGUCCAGCUCUUCCAUUCUUACUGCUUCUACGGUAGAGCUGACCCUAGCAUCCGUCGUUGCAGGGGUCGUUAGUAGCAAAUUUGGCAAUGUUAAGGAGGACCUGCACCUCAAGGAUCCGUUAGAAUCGAGUGAAUCGUUAAACAAGCGGAAUGAAGAAAUUUCUAAAGAUUUGAGCAGUGCUGGCGCCGGUCAAGAAGAUAAAUCUGGAUCUACUGGCCCACUGCACACAUGCUUCAUCUGUAAAACCGAAUUAUGCUCUCGAACGCGCCCAUUAGAGCGAAGUCGAGCUGCGCAAUACAGUAUUCCAGAAGCGGAGAUACCUCCAGGGGCACGAAUCUGCAACAGCUGCCAGUGCAAGUCUGUAAAGUCGCGGUACACGCACUGUCCUCUACCGACGUGCCCGAACCCGAAGGAUCGUGUAAAAAGGUUCCGUAAUUUGCCGCAGAGGCUGUUUGAGUUGGCACCAGAAAUUCGAGAUCCGAUUGUACAGGAGCUGCAGAUUCCACCAAACGUGAGCAAAUGCUGUUCGGCCUGUUUGACACGAAUUCGGCGAAAAAUGGGCCCCCAUCUGCUCGGUAGCACUACCCUCACGGACGAAGAGGUCGCUCGACUUAAAACGUUGCUGCAGGAGCACGGUCCGAAGUGGAUCCAACUUGCAGAGUCGCUUGCAAAACCUCCGCUAGCGUUGAAGAGUUGCUUCUUUCACUUCAAAAAAAAAUACGGACUCGAUAUGGCGCUUAACGAAUACUACAAGCAACAUCCGAGCGAGGAUCGUCGUUCGGGGUUGACGGAUGGCGACGACUCAGAUCUCAGUGCUGGAUCUUCUUCAUCGGAUGAACGCGAUGGAAGCAGCGAUACAACGGCCUCGGCGGAAAGUCCCAACAGUGGUAACACGACUGUUGUCUCCGUUAGCACCGGAACCAUCCCUGUCGUGACGAAAACCAUCAACAGCGGAAGCAGCAAUAGUGGCGUAAGUGGAGGAAGUUUACUUUCCGAAGCUGGGAAAAAUAUUUCCAAAUUGACCGAAGGACGACGUACUUUGUUGGAUAUUGUGCCGAGUAGUGUAGAUAGUAGCGGUAGUGGAAGUGAAGGGGCCACAUCCCUCGCUCCUCCACCAAAAAUGACUACAUCGACCGCUGCCGCCGGUUCGUCUUCGGCGUCGUCAGGUAGCAGCAGUGUGGCGUUUGAAGAUGAUCGAUUAUUGCCUCCGGGACAGCCACAGCCGAAGAAACUCCACCAAAGGCAUACGGAAGAGUACGACAGCUCGGCUACGGAAACGGCCGACGAAGAGAACGAAUCGUCUCCAGCGAAUCGGCAUAGUCCGAAAGUGGCUCUCCAUCAUCCAGGACCUGCUGCUCUGCCACCACCGUCUCAUACUUCGCUCUAUCCGCCGAUACAUCAUAGCUCUGCUGCGAUUGCGAUGGUUCAUAAUUCGAUUUCUUCACAUCAGCAACCCAAUGGACCGAGGUACGAUCGUGUAACGAUCGGAAAUGUAGGAAACGAUUUAAGUUCACCGCAAAAUGUGCGUGAUGUGAUGCUGAACGUUAUUGAGCGCUCAUUGAAAAAUCCCCUCGUGGCAGUGAGCAAGCCUCCACCCCCCGGUUUGCGCGAUGGGCAGUUCUCUGCGCAGCCACCACAGCAGGUGGCAACUUCAUCAUCAUCAUCAUCUCAGUCAUCAACUUCACAAUCAUCUACUGGUACCACAGCCGUGCGAGAUUAUCGAGGAGAUGGGUCGAAGCUACACACAUCCGGGCCAGGAGAAACACAAGUGGUUUCAGGAAUAAUUCCUGUUGUUACGUCUCCGGCCGUGUCAAAUCUACCUGUCUCACAGCAACAACAAUCUCCGCAGUUGUCAGUGCCAGUAUCAUCGUUGGGCAUUACGAUAGUGAACCCGCACGGUCAGAUUAUUGGUCCGACGACACAACAAUCUCUUUCAUCGAUAUCUGGUACGCUUGUGGGUACUCAUGGGCAGAUAAGUCACCAUCAUCAACUGGGCAGCCAAAUUCCGGCAACUAUUACGCCAAUAUCACACUCCAUUCAUCAUGGUCCAGCGUCUACGUUGAUCACGUCAUUGGUGCGCACUGCCAGCGAUGAACCACAAACUCUUGACUUAAGCAUUAAAAAAACGCCUCGUUUGACGGAUUCUUCGACACUGUUGGGAUCCUCGUCGGUAUCGAAAUCAAUGGAAAUCGGCAGCAGCGGCGGCAAUGGUAAUUUGCCUCCACCACCAGCACACAGUAAUCACCACGGAGGGGUCGCUACCGGUGUGUCUGGAGUUGGUAGCAAUAGUAAUGGUGGCAGUAGCAACAGUAGUAAUCUGACCAGCGGCAGUAAGUUUCUCCUCGGUCUUCCAGGACCACCAAAUUCGCUAGGUGCAUCUGUUACCGUUUUUCGGGCGGACCAUGCAUUUACAGGAGCAAACAAUCCUUCACCGUCAACGGUUCCAACAGGACUUCCCAUGUACGUGAGCUACCAUCCAACGGCGGCGGCCGUCAGUAUCUCCGAUGCCAUGGGGCGCUCAUUGACAAAAUCACCCUCGGGCGCGACAACGUACCUGACGACACCGCUGGGAAUAUCGGGAGGUCCAGGUGUAACGACUAUGCAGCCUUCUGGUCCUGUAGUACGGCAAUCCGGAGCGCUGUCAUCCUUGACCCCACCUCCACCACAUGUAGGUGGUGGGAUGAAAGGGAAGAGCACAGUCAAGCUGAGCCCCAAGUUGUCUAGUGGAGGAGGUGGAACUGGCAGUAGUGGCGCGGGUGUUCCAAAGGGAGGCUCUAUUACUCAUGGCACCCCGGUCAAUGUUGGUCAGCAACAACAUCAGCUCAUAAUCCAAGGUCAACCUUCCGGUACAUCUACAUUAAGCCCGCGAUACGAAAACCAUCUACUUCGUCAGACGCCGCCAUCUUCCGUUGUAUCUAGCGCUGGUUGUCGUCCUGGAUCCUCUUCGUCGCCGGUUAUUUCGAACGAGAAAUUCAUCGGCUCAAUCACGCAAGGUACACCAGUGCACGGUGGCAGUGGUGGUAUUUUAUUACCCGAUAAGCGAAACGCCUCCGUUACGACUUAUGAGUAUAAGCGCCAGAGUCCGGCUCAAACAGUUGUGGGCCCACCGUCUGGCAAUGGACAUGCAACACAGUUCGCAAGCUAUGGUGCUCGCGGGGGUGGAAAUAGUAGUGGACCAGGGAAUGGUACCUAUUCCCCCCUGGUUGAACCAA